CCACGUGGUCUGUGUUCCUGUUUUACAUGCGGGCAGUGCCUGUGGCGAGAACCUGUGAGCCCAGCCAGGUCUUGCUGGGGGAGGUUCUGCCGCUCCUGUAUUGCCACCAGUCUGAAGAGCAGUAAGUGGACCUGCCCUUACUGCCGCGCGUACCUUCCUUCCGAAGGAGUCCCAGCCACGGACGUGACCAGAAGGAUGAAGUCAGAGUUCCAGAACUGCGCGGAGUGCGGCACCCGGGUCUGCCUCAGCGAGAUGAGGGCACACAUAAGAACCUGUCAGAAGUACAUAGAUAAAUACGGACCACUACAAGAACUCGGGGAGACAGCAGCAAGGUGUGUGUGUCCAUUUUGUCAGAAGGAACUGGAUGAAGACAGCUUGCUGGAUCAUUGUAUUAAUCAUCACAGAUCAGAAAGGAGACCGGUGUUCUGCCCACUCUGCCGUUUAAUACCCACUGAGAACCCAAGCAGCUUCAGUGGCAGUUUAAUAAGACAUUUGCAAGUCAGUCACACUCAGCUCUAUGAGGAUUUCUUAGAUUUUAAUAUAAUUGAGGAAGCUCUUAUCCGAAGAGUAUUAGACCGGUCACUUCUGGAAUAUGUGAGUCACUCAAACACCACAUAAUGUCGUGAAAAGGAGAAGGAAGGAGACCAUACAGUUGCACCAUUUGUUCAGAUGCUGCUUGAACAGUUGGGGGGCAUUGUCGAUGUCUGAUGGGCAGAAAUGUACAACACAGUUCUCUUGCGUUUUAAAACCGCUUUUAUCUUGAUGGUUUAAAUCUGUUUUACACCCCUGAGCUUUUUAGACGCUCAACAAACAAAAAGAGUCUCCAUUAGCCAUUAAUAUACUAUGAAAGAGAACCGAACGCUGGGAUUGGUGGGCGAAGGAUCUUUAUUUGCAAACUGGGUGACAGUAUGUGUAAUGCUACUUAUUAAUAAACAGCAUCAUGGUAGGGCAAGAUAACUAAUCUUUGUUCUAUGUGAAAAGAUGGAACGUGAAACCAAUUGUGGACAUGCAAGAAAAUAGGAAAUCUGUUUCAGUGCUCAUGUUCUAAUCACUAAUAGAAUAACACGAAUAACUUUGUAUGGUAGGGAAGGAAAAUUUUGGAAGUCGAUGAAGUCCAUUUAACCAAAUUGUAUAGCAUAAUGUAACAAAAUUAAUUUCAUGUUAGGAAUGUAUGCCUAAUUCUUUUACUUUUUAUAACUGCAUACCUAAGAAUUUAAUAUUCUAUUUUUCAAAUGUUUGUAGCUUAUUUAGGAAUAUUUCUAUAAUGUAGGCAAGUUCUUAAGAACCGUCAGCUGUUAUUUAUAGUAGAGGUAUUCACAUCCAUAAUUCUUAGUGGAAAAUCCAAA